UGGUCAAUCAUAAAAAGUCACGGCGAAUCUUUGCUCUUCCCCACUCACACUUGGAGUCAAGACAGACUGAGGCUUCUCACAAACGAGGACUAGAUCAACCCAGGCAAAAUGGUGAAAGUCGGUAUCAAUGGAUUUGGCCGCAUUGGUCGUCUGGUGACCCGUGCUGGUUUCAGCUCAAAGGUGGUGGAGAUUGUGGCCAUCAAUGACCCAUUCAUCGACCUGGAAUACAUGGUUUACAUGUUCAAGUAUGAUUCCACCCACGGCCGCUACAAGGGCGAGGUCAAGAUUGAGGGUGACAAGCUGGUCAUCGACGGACACAAGAUCUCAGUUUUCCAUGAGAGGGACCCUGCCAACAUCAAAUGGGGCGAGGCUGGUGCCCAGUAUGUGGUUGAGUCCACUGGUGUCUUCACCACCAUUGAGAAGGCCUCAGCUCACUUGAAGGGCGGUGCCAAGAGGGUGAUCAUCUCUGCACCCAGCGCUGAUGCUCCCAUGUUUGUUAUGGGUGUCAACCAUCAGAAAUAUGAGAACUCCCUGAAGGUUGUCAGCAACGCCUCCUGCACAACCAACUGCCUGGCUCCCCUGGCCAAGGUCAUUAAUGACAACUUUGUCAUUAUUGAGGGCCUGAUGAGCACAGUUCAUGCCAUCACUGCCACCCAGAAGACCGUGGACGGACCCUCCGGCAAACUGUGGAGGGAUGGCCGCGGUGCCAGCCAGAACAUCAUCCCCGCCUCAACCGGUGCUGCCAAAGCUGUGGGCAAGGUCAUCCCUGAGCUCAAUGGCAAGCUGACUGGCAUGGCUUUCCGUGUCCCCACCCCCAACGUGUCGGUGGUUGACCUGACUGUUCGUCUGGAGAAACCCGCCAAAUAUGAUGACAUCAAGAAGGUUGUGAAGGCUGCAAGUGAGGGACCCAUGAAGGGCAUUCUGGGAUACACAGAGCACCAGGUCGUCUCCACAGACUUCAACGGUGAUUGCCACUCCUCCAUCUUUGAUGCUGGCGCUGGCAUCGCUCUCAACGACCACUUUGUCAAGCUGGUCACAUGGUACGACAACGAGUUCGGCUACAGCAACCGUGUCUGCGACCUGAUGGCCCACAUGGCCUCCAAGGAGUAAACCAACUAGCUAGUUGACCGUCCCCUGCACUGUGCCACAUCUACUGCAUUCGUCUGAAUCCAGAGUUAUAAAUGUAAUACAAUAAGACUUGGUAUCAUUUAUAACUCUGCCUGUUCCAUCUGACAGUCGACCCCCAUAAUACGUCUGAGGAAAGGUCCCACAGAGUAAACUAAAAAAAAAAAUCAAAUUUGGUGACCAAGUAUUUUCUUUUUUAUUUGUUGGGUUCCUUGUUCUGUUCUUGUGUGAGAUGGAGUGAAGGUGUGAGAGUCUGUCUGUAGCACUGAGGUGCUGCAGUCAGUGGUGGAAUAAAGUCCUCGGUUUGUGAGA